AUGUUUAUAUCUUUGUCAUUGGUCUUUUCUAGCGUCGGAAAGGAAAUAAAGGUUUAUGCAGACAACUAUAGUGAACAACAUACUGAUCAUAAAGACAGCGGGACAGAGACCAUGAAGUUUUUUCUAAAUUGCUUAUCCCUUCUAUUGGGGCGUUUGGAUGUCAAGCAAUUUGAUAAUGCAAUGGCAGAAUAUGCACCAAAGAUAUCCCAAGCUCUUAUAUCACAGGUAGCUGUGCUCCAGUUUAUAUAG